UCUACCUUUUAUACAUGAUUUAUUUUUAGGAAACUACAAAAAUUGCCAUAAAAGCAGAAAAUACCUCUGCGGCAGCGGUACACUGCGCUGUAUUGAAAUAUUGUCUUGCUGUUGGCUUACAACAGAUGGAACCGUUUGCUCCGUUUCUUACCCGUGAGCUUUUAACAUAUUUAUCACCAACGGCUGCUGCAGCAACGGAGUUAUCCAGAACCACAUGUUGGAUUGAUUCCGAACUUGAGGACAAAAUUGAUCGUAUGCUGCAUAUUUGUCAGCAUGUCAGACAAUUGAAAAAUGAAUUCACACCUCCUAUCGUACGAAAGCAUAAACCGAUCGUUCACAUCCACGCCAAAAGUAAGGAACUUACAGCUUUGCUCGAAGAACAGAGAGAUAUUGUGCAACAUUUGACGCUUUGCAACGGUGUACUUCUGCACUCAGACCGUAGUUCAUUUAAUAGUCAACCUUUCGUAGUUAAGUGUGCCCCGAGUCAUGAUUGUUUGAUUGGUAUUGUAGCCGAAUCAUUAGAGUCGCUGCUUGUAAACCAGCAAAGUGCUGCUAGCGAUGCUAACAAAAAAAUAUUGAUAAAAUUAGACGCAGAAAUUGAGAAACUUCAAAAGACUAUCAAUAACGACGGUUACCAAAAGUCGGCCAGCGCAGAGGUGCAGAAACGACAUAACGAAAAACUUAACAGACUGUUGCAACAAAAGGAAGAAAUGUUUAAAAUCACAAACUAGACGGCAUGAUCCAAUUCUAGCCCAAAUCAAAAGGUAUUGUCAUCCUCCUCUACCCUUGAAGCGUGUUUCUAUUCGAAAAUAGUUAUUUCUUAUAAUUUGUUAGAAUACAUGUAUAUGAAU